GAAAGACCUAGAGAAAGGAUGAUUUCAAACAGACAAGGAACAGAGACCACGAAAAAGAAGUAUUCCUGGACGGGCCUAGAGCUAAGGGGGCCAAUAAAGAACUUAAGCCCAGUUCUAUGGAGCUUCACUCACUUGACUUCGCUUUACCUGAACGAUAACAACCUUCAGAGACUCCCACCAGAUAUAGUGAACCUCUCUAAUCUCUCCCUACUCGAUCUCUCUGGUAACAAACUGAGGAGUCUGCCUUCUGAGCUUGGGGAUAUGAUUCAACUCAGGGAACUGCUUCUUAAUAAUAAUUCACUGCGGAUAUUGCCGUGUGAGUUGGGUCGGUUGUUUCUACUCCAGGUACUGGAUGUGGCUGGUAAUCCACUCACUGUUGAUAUUUUAAAUAUGGCCGCCGAGCCCCAGGGUACAUCAAAGCUUUUGGCAUUUUUGAUCGACAAUUUAACAGUUUCUCCAAGGCCACCUGAUAGAGAAUGGAUACAAAUUAUAUCGCCUAAACAAAGACAAUCAAGUGAUCAAGCUGGUGCUGACAUUGUUGCUCUUCAGGAAGUGGAGACUGAUCAGUUUUAUGCCUUCUUUCUACCUGAGUUGAGGAGGCUGGGAUACGAUGGGAUAUUUAGUCCCAAAUCAAGAGCAAAAACAAUGGGAGAGAUUGAGAGGAAGUGCGUUGAUGGAUGCGCUAUCUUCUUUAAAAAGCUAAAGUUUGGAUUGGUUGAUCAAUAUUUGAUAGAAUUCAAUCAGUUGGCUAUGUCACACGCUGACCACGGAUCAGGAUCUGAAGCAAUGCUCAACAGAGUCAUGAUACGAGAUAACAUCGGACUGGCAGUUUUACUGGAAGUGAAAGACCCAGCGAUAUCAGGCAAUCCCCUCUACCCGCAACACAUUGUAGUCACUAACACUCACAUACACUGGGAUCCGGAGUACUGCGACGUGAAACUCAUUCAAACCAUCAUGUUCCUCAGUGAAUUGGAGACGAUACUCCUCCAAGCUCAGAGUGAGAGAGGAAUCGGAGUGAAAACGCACUCUCCUGGAGUCCCUGGUAUCCCCCUCAUUCUUUGUGGGGAUUUUAACUCUCUCCCAGACUCUGGCGUCCUUGAGUACUUUACGAAAGGCCGUGUACCUACCGACCAUCCUGAUUUCCUUGAAUAUAAUUACGAUCGGUUUUUCGAGUCCACCAUUCGCUCUACGUCGACUGUACGCUCGCCAACCGGAAAACCAGAACUGAGACACCCAUUUAACAUAAAACGCUGUUAUAGCAACGAGCACAUGACGUACAGUAACUACACUUAUCAUUUCAAGGGAACGAUUGAUUACAUAUUUUAUGGCGUCGAUUUCUUCCAAUUGCUCGGUGUCCUAGGUGGCGUGAGCAACGAGUGGUUGAAAAGUUAUAAGGUGAUUGGGUGUCCCCAUCCACACUUUCCUUCCGAUCACUUCCCCCUCUUCUGUGAGCUGGAGCUACUCCCACAACAGUUUUAAUAAUUUAUUAUUACUUGAAAAUUUACUUAUGCAAAGCCUUAAGCAAUAUUGACCCUGCUUUGUCUAUGCCUUGUGAUCUCUCCAUGGUAUUGACUGAGUUUUUGGUCGUAUUUUAUUCUUUUUACAAGUGGUUGAUGCAUGCAUCUUAUCUUUCAGGGUUUUCUUUCUCUUUAAUACACACGCAUACACACACACACAUACAUUCAUUGUAACUUUGGGAGCUGGAAACUCCUUUCUUCUCAAUUUUUCAAUUUUGUUAUUUUUGAUCUCAA